UCAAGUGUUGAGUUGACUGAUUGUGGUAUUCGCGUUUAUGUUCUGAUUUUUUUGUUUUCACUUAGUUUUAAGUUCGUUUACCUAAUGUUUUUGCUAGAACUGUAGUUUUAGGAUGACAAUGGAAAGGAGGAUAAAGUUGAAAACCCUCAACAGUCACAUAACUUGCAAGAUAUGUCGAGGAUACUUCAUUGACGCCACCACCGUCACAGAAUGCCUACAUACGUUCUGCAAAAGCUGCCUUGUGAAACACCUAGAAGAGAACAACACAUGCCCAACAUGUAACAUAGUGAUCCACCAGUCCCACCCGCUCCAAUACAUUAGCUUCGACAGGACUAUGCAGGACAUCGUCUACAAACUAGUGCCCGACUUACAGGAUAAUGAGUUAAAACGGGAGCGUGAUUUCUACCGAGCCCGAAACUUGCCCUGUCCCAAAGAUGCUGCUCUAGCAAAUGAUAAACCAGGCGCUGGAGACGAGCCAGAACAGCCAGACAACACGGACUGUCAUAGGAAAGAUGAACAGGUUAAUGUCUGCCUCGAAUGCAUAUCAACGUCCCUCCGAACACUGAAGAGGAGCUUCAUCCGCUGCUCUGCGCAGGCCACAAUCACUCACCUCAAGAAGUUUGUAGCUAAGAAAGUUUUAAAUGGGAUUGAGAAAUAUAGAGAAAUUGACAUCCUAUGCAACGACGAGCUCCUAGGUAAGGACCACACGUUAAAAUUCGUGUACGUCACGCGGUGGCGCUUCCGCGAUCCUCCGCUACGGUUGCAGUACCGGCCCAAGAUAGACUUAUAAAUGCAUAGUGAGCCUAUUCUUUAACUCAUUCUCAUAAAUUAAUCGAAACUUUCACAAAAAGCAUGUCAUUAACGUUUUUUAUCUAAUCGAUAAUCCAAAUAUUAUAGAGUUGAUCGUACAUUUACCAUGCAAAUGCAAAUACUAGUACUAAUUAAAAUCAAUGUUAGUGCAGUCACAAACUGCAACUGCUAUUCUUUGCUGUGAUCCGAUUGCUGCACAAUCAAACAUUCUUAAUUUGAUUGCAACGGGACUAUGUUAAGUAUUGUGAAAGGCAAUAUAAUAUUAUGGGAAUGGAGUUUAGAAUAAACAACAAAAUAAAGGCUGCUGUCAAGGCUGGAGUAGAUCUAAAACUUCAAUUUUACUUUGAGUUGUGUAAUUUUAACCGUUACAAGCCAAUGGUAUUGUUUUAGUUUAACAAUAACUCAGGGUUUUAGGUGUACAAAUAAUUUCUUAGGUAUCUAAUUAUUUACAUUAUAUCUUUAUUUACGUAAAUGAAAUAAAAUUCUUCGUUUAUUUCGUGCCGUUUACUUAGAUAUUUUAGAUCUGCUACGGAAAAUUAUCAGCCAUUUUUAAUGUGAAUAAAAUAUGUAUAACUAUCAUUAUAUAAAACUCAUAUGAACAUUGUAACAAAUAUACUUUAAGAUUUGUAACAGAAAUUACGAAUUUAUUGGUAAACAUUUUUGUAUAAAAAUUGAAAGUUGUGAUAUAGAGGUUCACAUGGUAUCCUUCCGUUUGGCCAAAUUACUUUUCGCCAAAUUUCACUUCGCAAACAACUUAUCGCCAAAGUUUCAUUUCCCAAAUGAACUUUUAGCAACUGUACUUUUCGCAACUAAUUCAUUUGGACAAAUUAUCAUUUGGCCAAAUUUUACUUGGCAAAUGUUUAUAUAGCAAAUGUUUUAUUUUGCCAAAUAUUAUAUCCCAAAUAAUUUGUUUGGUCAAAUCGACACUUCACAUACUUACCCACAAAUCAAACCAUAAGGCAGAGGCAGAUGAUCAUGGUUUUCACAAGAAUGUUAUGUAAAACAAAGAGAUUGCAGAAAAUAGUAUGGUUGCAGAAAGUAGGUAUUGCAGAAAAUAGUAGGUUAGGUUAGGUUAGAACAGUGACCCUUAACGCGCGAAGGCGAGCGAAGCGUGCCGCGGCAGCGGCCGCCGAGCGCUAGAAUCACCUCUAUUGUUAAUGAAUCAUUUGGGAAUUUCGAUAAAAAGAAUGAAAUAUGAAAAAUUUAUAUAGAACAAAUUUUAUAUUAACUACCCACUAAACAAAAUAAUAACCACUUGUUAAUUUGUAGUCCAUU